AUGUCUCUACAUCAGACAAAUUUGCCAAAUAUUCAAGCACCACAGCAUGCUGAAAGAAAUCCUAUAUGGAACUUUGCUUGUCAGACACCAGUGUGGCAAAAAACAAAAAACAAAAAAAACUGGGACAGCUAUGAGCGGAAACCACAGUUACUUCCCUUGGUACCAAUUGACCAGGAUAGUCCUGUUGAUAUUACAGUGCAAAAUUCAUCUAUACCAUUUCUCAUUGAUACAGGAGCUGCUGGAUCUACAAUUACUUCAGCAAAUGCUGAACGUCUUCCACGUCUCAAACAAUUCUAUUUAAAAUACGUUCUUUUGCAGAAUCCAGAUCUAAAUAUUUUUGUGGAUGGCUCCUGCGUUAAGAGAGACAAUGUUGAACUAGCAGCCUUUUCAGUUUGUGCACAAGACAGAAUUUUGUUAACUGGACAAUUAAAUGGAAAUGUGUCUGUUCAAGUAGAUGAACUUGUACCUAUUACUGAUGCCUGUAAGACUGACAAAGAUCCAUCAGUAACCAUUUUCACAGCACAACAGUCACAGGCAGCAUGGAACUUAUCCAAGGCAGGUUCUUUGAUUCUGGCAGUAGUAUUUCUGUCCAUCAGUGCAUUACCUGAUCUCCCAGAGGGAAGCCCAGUUCCCAGCAAUGGAAAGAGAGAUGUUGAAGACCAACAGGUGACAGAUAAUAAAAAGGAAGGUUCCGGAUUUCUUGGAAGAUUACUGAGGAGGAAAAGAGAUGCAAGAUUGUACCCUGCUUAUCAGAGUUGGUAUCAGUACUUCACUGAAACUGGAAAUCAUGAAGGUAUAUAUGAACUGGACAAAGCCUAUUUACAAUAUAUCCAAAAUAAGAACCGGGUUGAGGCAAGAGAGUCUUACAGAUACUACGUACAGCAUCUGCAGGAACUCUAUGCCAGUGGCGCCAAAUGUGACCCUUCUAAGGAUCAUCUCUGUAUUAUUUAUUUGGCUACAAAGGGUGUUGUUCCUUCAGUUCCUGAUUCUCUACAGGGCCCACUAAAGUCAUGUGAUCUUCGGACAGAUCCAUACUGCAGAGGAUAUGCAUCACUCCAAAGACUUCCUGUUUCUUACCCUGUUGAUCCACAACUAAGUUCCAUUGACUAUGAGCAAAUUUCUCAGAUCUGUGACCCAUCUGAUGUACGUUGUGUACAGUACUAUAUGAGUGUCUAUGGCUACAGAGCUGAUCCUGUCAGCACACAAUAUGAAUGUGAUCCAUACUAUGACCCGUACUGUAAAGGGAGCUACAAAACUCAGGAUCAUCCAGCUCCUGAUACCAUCUGUGACCCUAGUUAUGAUCCCAACUGCCAGUCUUCUAAUUCUCAGUACAGUGAAAAGGAGAAAGACCCUGUGGAUUGUGACCCCUUAUAUGACCCUAGCUGCAGUAAGCCUUAUCCUCUGUUGGUAGGUAGAACAGCUGAUGGUUCUGGCUGUUAUGUUUACUAUGAUGAAGACUGUUACCCAGUGCACAGCUCUACUGUCACCAAGGAACCUGAAUGUAACUCUUUGGAUGAUCCUACCUGUAAAUCCCAGAAGCCUUCAUCUUUUUUGUCAACAUAUCCAUGUGAUCCUUAUAAUGAUCCUAAAUGUGCAAGUGAGCAUCCCCAUCCCAGUGAUCCAAAUAUUCCAGGCUGUGACUCACAAUAUGAUCCCAAGUGCAAGACUGUUCAUCCAAAAAGUCCAUUUAAAAGCUGCAAUCCUGAUUAUGAUCCAGAUUGUAAACCAACAGAUCCUUAUGGUUCCAUCCAUUAUAAUCCUGCAAAGCCUGAUGACACUCAUUUUAACCCUGAUGGCUAUUCGGAAGGUGUUCAUGAACCUGAUCCACACUGUGACCCUAAGUAUGACCCUAAUUGCCACGUGCAACAUUAUAAAACCACCUCUGACAAAUACAACAGUAUGCCAACUCUAGAAACACCCUAUGAUGAUGACACUUCAUCGGGGCAACAUGAAGAAUAUGAUUUUGAGAAUCCUAGUAACACCAACAAUAUAGAUGACAAUGGUUAUUACAGCAGAACCUCUGAUAAACGAUAUGGUAAGAAGCCACCAAUAGUACACAGGCCAUAUAAUAGCAACCGAGAAGAAUCUUACACCAGUUUGAACAAGGAAGGUGAGAUCAGCUAUGAUGAAAAUGAAAUCUAUGGCUAUGUACACCAGGACCCAAGGUAUGAUUCAAGAACAGGCCACGUAGACUCCUACAGAGGCUACAGAGACAAUUGAUUUAGCGGUUAUGGAUAGCAUCUCAGGGAUUAUAAAGAACCAGUGGACUUAUAUAAUUCAAACUCAUACAGAGAGAACUGUAACCACAUGCUUGAAGGGCUCAUUAACAUGCUAAGGUCAUAUUAUUAGACAAUUGUUAGUCAAGUGCAUAUUGUAAAACACAUUAACUGAACUAAUAUACCUAGUUAGCACUUUUAGUUUUGUAAUCAUAUAAAGAGAAUGACUAAUGUACUUUAACAGCCAAUAUAAAUCAAAAAGUAAAAAAAAAAAAUGAUAUAUGUAUGUGUGUGUGUGUGU